AUGGCUCGAUUUUUUUUAUUGAAUCAUUCCUUUUAUUACAUAGAAUUGAAUACUUUUUUAAUAGGGACAUUUAUUUCUUUUUUUAAAUAUAAAUUAAAUUCGUUUUAUUUUUUUUUUAUAGAUUCUCGUAUUUUAUAUUGUCAUAAUUAUUGUCUUUUUAGAGUAGAUCAUUGUUAUUGGAAGAAAGUAAAAUUAUUAUUAUUAAAAUUUAUUCGUAGUCAUUUAUAUUAUAAUAUUAAACAUUUAAAAUUAGAAGGAAGAGGUUAUAAAUUAUAUUAUUACUAUAAUACUAUAAUAUUUAAAUUAGGUUAUAGUCAUCUAUGUUAUUUUUUAUUACCUAUAGACACUUAUUUUUAUUCUAGACAAAAAAAAACUUAUUAUAGGAUAGUUAGCUUUUCAGAUAGUAUGUUAGGUAAUUUACUAUUUCGUAUGAAGUGUUUUAGAAUUCCAAAUAAAUAUAAAAAAAAGGGUAUUUUUAUUGUGUAA